AAUGUCUGCGUAUCCUGCAUAUACCAUGGGAGGCCUCUGUCUGGUUGGUGGUGUGACCGGUUUCGUUAGGACACGUUCCGUCCCCUCUCUGGUCGCCGGCGUUGGUGUCGGACUUCUCUAUCUCUGGAGCGCGGACAGCAUUCGCAAGGGAACUGCGAACGGUUUGGAGGCUGCCCUUGGUGCUUCUGCCCUCCUAUUCCUCUCAUCCGUCCCCCGGUUCUCGAAGGGCCCUGUUCCAGCCAUCCUCACCGUCACUUCUGCGGGCACAGGCCUUUACUAUGGACAGACCGUGUACAAUCUCAGUGGCCAUUA